GUUAGAUUUGCCGCCAGCGAGAGAUCCAAUCUGAAAUCUCCCGUCAAAGCCGCCAGGAGUAGCUCCCCGUACUUAUCGCCCCAAUGCCCGAGAUGUCCGCCCCCGCCGCCCACGAGGACGAGACGAUUCCGUCGCCGUCCACCGUGGGCAACACGUUCAUGCGUCAGUACUACCACUUCCUGGCCAAGGAGCCGCAGAGUCUGCACCGCUUCUACAAGGCUGAAAGUCGGUGGUGCCAUGGCCUGGGCUCGCACAUGGAGGAGCCCAUUGCUGGUCAGCGCGCAAUCAACGACCAGAUCCUCAAGCGUGGCUAUGCCGGCGCUCGUGUGGACUUGGACGCCGGCUCCAUUGACUGCCAGAACUCGCACGGUGGCGGUGUGCUUGUGCUGGUCACGGGCGUCAUGACGCUGCGCAGCAGUCCGACGCCCAAGCCGUUCGUGCAGACCUUCUUCUUGGCUGUGCAGCCCAAGGGCUACUUUGUGCUGAAUGAUUGUCUGCGUUUCCUUGAACUGCCUGGCGCGGCGCCCGUCGAGGUUGCGCCUGAGGUUAAGGAAAAGGAGAACGGCAAGACGGAGACUCCCAUGUCGCCUGUGAAGGAGGAGACGCGUGUGUCUGCGUCGCCUAAGAAGGUAGCGUCGCCUGUUAAGACGGUGAAGACUACGACCACCAAGGUGGUGAAGGAAGCUGCUCCUGCGUCGCCAGUUAAGGCCACGGCUACUGUUGCCUCCUCUCCGGUUAAGAAGACCACGACUACUACCACUACGACUACGACAACAAAGGAGGUUGAGACUCCUGCUGUUAAGACGCCAUCGCCGGUUAAAUCCCCGGUUAAAUCGCCGGAGAAGUCCCCUAAGAAGCAGGAUAAGGCACCGACUCCUGCGUCGCCCGCUGCUGCUCCCGCGGAUCCCGUGGUGGCUACCCCAGCGGAGCCGGAGAAGCCCAAGACGUGGGCUGCGCUGUUCUCGGGCUCCAAGCCUGCCAGUAUCACGCCCACUGCGCCAGUUUCGGCUCCUGUGAAGCCCUCGACCCCCAAGGCUGCUCCUGCCCCCGCUCCGACGUCGAUUACUCCGGCUACGAAUACCCCAGCGCCCGAGAAAUCGCCAAAGAGCAAGGCUGGAAACGGCAAGGAGAAGGAACACAAGCGUCUGUACAGUUUGUUCAUCCGGGACGUGCCGGCCCAGACCCGUGAGAGCGACCUGCGCGAGCUGUUCAAGGGCUACGGAUCCAUCGCCGGAGUGAGCGUCGUGGCUCAGCGUGGCUUCGCGUUCGUGGACUACUACGAGCAGGAGAGCAUGCGUGCGGCUCUGGCAGAGACCAAGGAGUUCAAGGUGUUUGACAAGGUUCUCCAGGUGGACGAGCGUGCUGAACGCAAGGAAGGACAGCGUGGCAGCUUCCGUGGCAACGAUACGCGUGGACGUGGACGUGGCCACGGCCCCAAGAGCGGCCGUGGUGAGCGGAAGGAGCGUAACGGAGACGAGGCCCCUUCGUCUAACAAGGGCGAGCGACGUGAUGCUCCGCGUCGCGAGAAGACGGGCAACCGCCGUGGUGGCAAGGUGGACGCCACGUCGCUCAACCGGGCGGAAUAGAGCGGUAUAUUAUGUGCAGCAGCCAACUUGUAGGACACCAGCGGUGAAGCUCGCAAGCUACCAGCUUUCAGAUCAUCAAGGGUACAUACACAUGGGGAGAGUCGACGAAACCUGUUACGAUCGGUAUCCGGCAAGCAACGCACUAGGUAGGCAGACAAACACAAGACACAAAAUGAGCAGAGGAGAUACAAGAGAAGAAAUCUCCUGUCGGCUCGAUAGGGUAGAACAGCUAGCAGAGGAGCUUGGUAAACAGAAAUGAUACGAAACCAACUCCGCUGUGAACUUUUGGCACCGGAACUCUGGGCCUUGACUUUAUAUCGCGUGACACUGUAUGAAGAAGCUCUGUACUAAGCAUCGAGAAUCUGUCCGAAUCA